GCCGGUCGCGCGCGCGCGGUUCAUGGAGUGGGUGCUCACGGAAGCGUUGCUUUCGCAGAGCCGGGAUCCGCGGGUCCUGCUCGGGGCGCUGUGCCGCGGGGAGGCGUCCGCCGAGCGGGUGGAGACGCUGCGCUUCCUUCUGCAGCGGCUCGAGGAUGAGGCGGCGCGUGGCGGCGGUGGCGGCGCGCUCCCGGAGGCGGCGCGCGAGGUCGCCGUGGGCUACCUCUUGCCGCUGCUGAGGGACGCGCGCGGCGGGCGCCCCGCGGGCUGCCCGGACACCGGCUCGCAGCCGAGCCACCGCCGGCGUGUGCUGAGGGCGGCGGGCGCGGCCCUGCGCUCGUGCGCCCGCCUCGCCGGAGGCCCCGCGCUGGUGGCCGCGCUGGCGGAGGAGGCGCUGCGGGACCUGCGCUCCCGGGACCCCGAGGCGGCCGUGGAGGUGCUGGCAGCCGUGGGGCCCUGUCUGCGGCCCCGCGAGGACGGGCCGCUGCUCGAGCGGGUGGCAAAAGCCUCCGUCGCCCUGGCGCUGGGCGGAGACGAGGAGGAGGCCGGGCUCGCCGAGGAGGCGGCGGCGCUCGUGGCCUGCCGACUGCUGCCGGCGCUGGCCCAGUGCGGAGGGGCGGCUCUGCGGGCCGUGUGGGGCGGGCUGGCCGCGCCGGUGCGGUCUCCGGGAACGGACCGCGUCGGGCCGAAGCUGCUGAUGCUGAGCGCCCUGGCCGAGAAGCUGCUGCCCGAACCGGGCCCCGGGCGCACCCCCUGCGUGCCCGAUGCGGGGCCGGAUGCCCGGCGCUGCUGGCGUUUCUGGAGGACCGUGCAGGCGGGCCUGGGCCAGGCGGAGGACGCCCUGACGCGCAAGCGAGCGCGCUACCUGCUGCAGAGGGCGGUGGAGGUGUCUGCGGAGCUCGGGGCCGACUGCACCUGCAGUCCGCAGGAAGGAAACGGCCCAAGUCUGUUUUGGUGGUCUGAUAAGAAAAAAGAUGAGCUUCUAAAAUUUUGGGAAAAUUAUAUUUUAAUUAUGGAAACUCUUGAAGGAAAUCAGAUACACGUCAUCAAACCAGUCUUACCAAAGCUCAACAAUCUGUUUGAAUAUGCAGUGUCAGAGGAAAAUGAAUGUUGGCUCUUUCACCCCUCUUGGCACUUGUGUAUUUAUAAAAGAAUGUUUGAAAGUGAAAACAAAAUCCUGACCAAGGAAGGUGUUAUCCAUUUCUUGGAGCUGUAUGAAACAAAGCUGCUUCCAUUUUCUGCAGAAUUUUCAGAGUUUAUCAUUGGACCACUGAUGGAUGCUGUUUCCGAGAGCUCUCUGUAUGGCAGGUCCCCAGGCCAACUGAUAGGAAGUGGUUCUCCAUUAGGACUGAAAUUACAGAAGUUUUUAGUCACUUAUAUUUCUCUUCUUCCAGAAGAAAGAAAGAGUGGUUUCCUGUUACAGUUUAUUCAGAGGAUGAACAGUAGACAUUGGUGUGCUGUUCCCAUUUUGUUUCUCUCUAAGGCUUUGGCAAACAUCCCACGAUGUAAAGCCCUGGGUAUAGAAGGGCUGCUUGCUCUCAGGGAUGUUAUUCAGUGUACCAUGAUCACACAUCAGAUUCUCCUGAGAGGGGCAGCCCAAUGCUAUCUGCUUCAAACAGCUAUGAAUUUGGUGGAUGUGGAGAAGGUGUCACUUGCUGAUGUCUCGACUUUUAUUGCGUCUCUAAGACAAGAGGAGUCCUUGGGUCGAGGAACUUCCCUGUGGACUGAGCUCUGUGACUGGUUGCGCGUUAAUGAAAGCUGCUUUAGGCCGUCUCCAGUGUGUAGCUCCACUGGGCUUCAUGACACUUCUCUAAAUGCUUAUGUGAAGAAUCUGGUUCAAGAGUAUGUUAAGUCACCUGCUUGGGAUGGGGAAAACUGCUUUCUGCCUGAUUGGUUUGAGGCCAGACUCACAGCUACGAUGGUCUUGCUGGCUGUGGAUGUAGAAGGAAUGAAGACUCAAUACAGUGAAAAGCAGAGGACACAGAAUGGAUUGAGGCUCUUCUUAGCUCCUCUGAUGGAUGCCCUCAUGAAGCUGGGAACAAAUGCUUACAUGCCCUUGCCGAAAACAGACCGAUGCCUCCAGUUGCUGUGGAAGCUGUUGCAAACAUGCAUGUUGAAAAGUUCUGGUACCCACAAUGUUGCAGAUGAGGUGCUUACUGUUCUUCAGAACUCAGUCAUGUCUGCUACAGAGAGCAUUUCUGAAUUCAUUCUCAGAAGACUAACAAUGAAUGAAUUAAGUAGCGUUCCGGACCUAGAACGUUGCCGUUUGUACCUGAUGGUUUUAACUGAGCUUUUGGAUCUCCACUCCAAGGUUGGGUGGAAAGGGGGGAGUCCCCUUUGGAGAAUUAUUUCUCCUUUGAAAAAUGCAUCCAUUCAGCAUCUUCAGGAGAUGGACGGGAGUCAGGAGCCAACCCUUGGUACUCAGAUUCAGAGAGUGGUUAGUAUGGCUGCCUUGGCCAUGGUGUGUGAGGCCGUUGACCAGAAGCCUGAACCACAGCUGGAGUCUCUGGAUGUUGGUCCCACAGAAAGGUUCCUCUCCUGUCUCCAGCUCAAUCAGACGCUACAGAAACCCCACACAGAGCAACAGAGCAGUUUUUUUGAGGAGUCAUCAUCUUCCCAAGGAUGGGGGAAAAUAGUUGCACAAUAUAUUCAUGAUCAGUGGGUUUGCCUAUCUUGUCUAUUGAAAAAAUAUCAUGCUCUGAUACCCACCACAGAGAGUGAAAUUGCAGAGCCCUUUCUGCCUGCUGUUCAAGUGCCGGGGAGGACUCUGCAGUCUGCACUGGAAGCCCUCACACUUCUGCCUUCUGAUCAGGUUUUGCCUGUGUUCCAGUGCAUGAAAAUUUUGGUUCCCAAGCUCCUGACCUCUUCUGAAUCUCUCUGCAUAGAGUCUUUUGACAUGGCCUGGAAAAUUAUAUCUUCCUUAAGCAACACUCAGCUGACAUUCUGGCCUAAUUUGAAAGCUUUUGUUCAGUUUGUUUUUGAUAAUAAAAUUCUCACAAUUGCGGCAAAAACCAAGGGCCAGGCAUAUUUCAAAAUAAAAGAGAUUAUGUACAAAAUAAUUGAAAUGUCUGCUCUAAAAACUGGAGUCUUCAAUACGCUGAUAAAUUAUUGCUGCCAGUCUUGGAUAGUGUCUGCCUCUCAUGUGUCCCAAGGCUCUUUAUCAAGUGCUAAACAUUAUAGUGAAAUGAUCCUUGAAGCUUGUAUAUUUGGAACUGUGUUUAGGCGUGAUCAAAGACUUAUUCAGGAUGUACAGACUUUUGUAGAAAAUCUUGGACAUGACUGUGCGGCAAACGUUGUUAUUGAAAACACUAAAAGGGAAGACCAUUAUGUGCGAAUUUGUGCUGUCAAAUUCCUGUGCUUAUUAGAUGGUUCAGAUAUGUCUCACAAGUUGUUUCUGGAAGAUCUUGCAGUCAAGCUGUUAGAUAAAGAUGAGCUGGUGUCCAAGUCCAGAACCCGCUGCUAUGUGAAUUCUCUGCAGCACAGAGUGAAAAACCGGAUCUGGCAGACUCUGCUCGUCCUCUUCCCCCGCUUCGAUCAGAAUUUCUUGAACGGAACUAUUGAGAAGAUUUUCCAGGCUGGAUUUAUCAACAAUCAAGCAUCUAUAAAAUAUUUUAUAGAAUGGAUUAUUAUCUUAAUUCUUCAUAAAUACCCUCAGUUUCUUUCAAAGUUCUGGGAUUGUUUGUCUUCUGGUGAAGAAAAACUUAAAACAAGCAUUUGUACGUUUUUAUCAGUUUUGACUCAUUUGGAUGUCAUUACUCAAAAUAUUCCAGAAAAGAAACUAGUUCUGAAGCAAGCGCUUAUUACUGUGCUGCAGUGGUGUUUCAAUCACAACUUCAGCAUUCGGCUAUAUGCUCUAAUGGCACUGAAGAAAAUCUGGAACAUGUGCAAAGCCUUACGUGUCGAAGAAUUUGAUGCUUUAGCUCCUGUGAUUGAAUCCAGUCUCAGUCAGGUGGAGAGCAUGCAUGGAGCUGGGAAUGCCAAGAAGAAUUGGCAGCGCAUCCAAGAGCAUUUCUUCUUUUCCACAUUUCACCCCCUGAAGGAUUACUGUCUGGAGACCAUAUUUUACAUCCUGCCACGUCUCGCAGGCCUCGUGGAGGAUGAAUGGAUCACUGUGGACAAGUUUACUGGUUUCACUGACAUCCCAUUGGAUGCGGGAUUUCAGUGGUACCUUUCUCAGACUCAGCUCCGUGAACUGAAGCCUGGUGACUGGUCUCAGCAAGACAUGGGCCCUAGCCCAGGCGAAACAGAAGCAGAAUUUUUUGAUGUUCAGAAGAAGAUUAUCCCAUGGAAAAAUAAUGUGCCUGAAUCAGACCUGGAGCUCGUGUUUCAGGACCGUGCUGCCAAACUUGGGAAGUCCAUUAGUAGACUGAUCGUGGUGGCCUCUCUCAUUGAUAAAGCAACCAACUUGGGAGGGCUGUGCCGAACCUGUGAGGUGUUUGGGGCCUCAGCGCUGGCUGUGGGCAAUCUUCAGUGCAUCAGCGACAAGCAGUUCCAGCACCUCAGCGUCUCUGCAGAACAGUGGCUUCCUCUGGUUGAGGUAAGACCACCUCAGCUAAUUGAUUACCUGCAACAGAAAAAAGCUGAAGGCUAUACCAUCAUUGGAGUGGAGCAAACUGCCAAAAGCUUUGACCUGACCCAGUACUGCUUUCCUGAGAAGUCCCUGCUUUUGCUGGGAAAUGAGCGUGAAGGGAUCCCCGCCCAUCUGAUCCAGCAGCUGGACGUGUGUGUGGAAAUCCCGCAACAGGGCAUUGUCCGCUCACUGAAUGUGCAUGUGAGUGGAGCCCUGCUGAUCUGGGAGUACACACGGCAGCAGCUGCUCAAACAUGCAGGAGUGGCAGCUCCCCGCAACAGCGUGUGCCUCAUGUGACAGGCACUGGGCAGCCAGUGUGGGCGGAGCCUCUGCUUUUUGAAACUGUGUGAACAGAUGAAAUGGAUUUCUGGAAUUUACUGGGGUGGUUUGUAUGGUUUUUUUUUUUUUGGGAUGAAUGUCAACACUGUUUCAUGUGCCUUAAGUAUCUGACUAUUAAUCUCUUAAAUAAACA